AUGAGGAAAAAGGGCGUUUCCGUGGUUCGAAUCGUUGGACUGGUUUUGAAGCUGUCCCUCUUGGCACUGGUGGUGAUCGAUUUGGGCCACUUAACCUACGAGUAUCGCCUAAAAGCCUACGUCUUCACCUUCCUCGCUUCGAAAUUCACUGUUCCCAGCGUUGUAGGCAGCCCGUAUGUCUGCGAAAACAAUAGCUGGUGGUUUACGCCCAAUGCGACGGGACAAGAGCCGUGGGAACACAUUUUGAAAGAGGAAGAGGAAUUUCCCUUGGCCUAUACCAUAUUGGCGUUUGAAAGACCUGAUCAAGUUUGGCGGCUUCUGCGCUCAAUCUAUCGUCCACAAAACUACUAUUGCAUCCAUUUUGACAAGAAGAGUCCUGAGCUCUAUAAGAAGUGGUUACGCCGGAAAAUUGCCACAUGCAUUCCACCAGAGGUCUCGCAAAACGUAUUCUUCAUUCCCUCCAUCUCCGUCUACCACUCCUAUAUGUCGGUGCUGGAGGCAGAUCUGGAUUGCAUGCGAGCGCUUUGGAAAUUACCAGGGAAGCAUCCGGAGUCCAACGCGCCACCUUGGAAGUAUCUUAUCAACCUCACUGGUCAGGAGUUCCCUCUGAAGAAUAACCUAGAGUUGGUCCGAAUCCUAAGUGUUCUCAACAAUGCCAACCUCAUCCAACAAGAAAAGUUCUUCUACUUGCGCCGCGCGUGGCGCGAUCCACCUCAUGGGCUGCAAUUAUACAAGGGCGCAGUGCAUGUGGUAUUGACGUGGGAUUUCGUAGACUUCCUCUUUACUGACCAAUGGGUUAAGGAUCUCCUUGACUACCUUCCUGAGGUCGGUAUUCCAGACGAAGCUCUCUUCUCUACUAUCAACCACAAUGCCGUUCUCAAUGCCCCUGGCAACUUCCCCAAAGGAGACGAAGUUUACCGGAGCGGCGGCUACUAUGUGAAUCGAUGGAAACACUUCUUUCCGGCGGAGUGCAGCGGAGUGUGGCGCCAUUCUGUCUGCAUCUUCGAUCUCUAUGGUAUGCAGCCCCUCUUCAAGCCAGAUUCUCCUUACCUCUUUGUAAAUAAGUUCGUCAUGCACAUCAACGCUCCCGUGCUGGAUGUGACGGAGCAGUGGUUCUACGACCGCCAGGAGUGGUACUACCAUCAUGCCGAUCAGAAUUUAACCAACCUCGACUUCUUCCGCAACCUUCCCCAAGUACGAUACCAAAUGUUGAGAGGGAGUCAGAGCAUACCAAGUAUUAACUAA